UCAUACUAUAAGGCAAUAUUCAUCAACUAUUUUCCCUCCAUGGGCACAUUGAUUUGGAGGAAGUUGAAUUUUAUUUCUUUCUAAUUAACCAUGGCUGUGAACCUAUCCUCUGGUUCUCUUUACAAUUUUUUUUCCUAUUUCUGUUUAUUCUGUGAGAACAUUUUGUUUACUAUCCUGAUUGGUCUAAGAUUCCUUCAUUAUUUUGUCUAGAUUGAGAAGACUGUACUCUUCUUUCUGGAGCAACAAGGAAUUAUUGCACACAGGAUUAAAGAGUUGGGAGAGGAGCGUACUAUAAUUCUUGAGCAUCCAGAGAUAUCUAAGCUAUCUAAUUUGCGAGAAGCAUAUAUUGAAGUUGGACAUGAUCUUUUAAAGCUUCUCAGAUUUGUAGAUAUGAAUGCUACUGGGAUUCGUAAAAAUUUGAUAAACGAUUUGGCUACAAGUUCACUGAUUACUAUCUAAGUACUAGAUCAAAUCAUCCUUAUUCUCAUAUACAACAAGUAUUUAAGCAUGUGGGUAUAACAGCUGUUGUAGGAGCCUUGUCUCGCAAUCUUGUUGAGCUUCAAGAACACCAAGGAAGUUAUCUCUGUCUUUAUGAUCAGCCCUCGACAGCUAUGGUGGUUUGAUAUAUUUUUGUUAAUUGAGUGUCAAUGCAAUACCAAUUUUGUUUCAGCCAUACAUAUGUGCAAGACCCUGUCAUUUGCUUAAUACAAGCAUUAGUGGAAAAAUUGACUCGCUCUACAAAUUUCUUGAAAUUCUUGGGACAACAUGCACUUAUCCAAGAAGCUGAGGAACAUGUUGAUGAGAGAAGAUAUCACUUUGUGUCACUUCUUUUGAACUUGGUUAAUACUUUACUUUAUAUGGUCAACACUUAUAUCAUUGUGCCAACUGCUGAUGACUACUCGAUGAGCCUUGGAGCUGCUGCAACAGUUUGUGGGAUCAUUAUUGGCUCUAUGGCUGUAGCACAAGUUUUCUCUUCAGUUUAUUUUAGUGCAUGGUCUAACAAGUUAUACUUCAGACCUCUGGUAUUUAGCAGCAUCGUACUCUUUUUGGGCAACGUUCUCUAUGCAUUGGCCUAUGAUCUCAACUCCUUGACGAUUCUUCUCAUAGGUCGACUUAUGUGUGGCACCAACAAAGAGCUAGUUUUAUAUACAUCAACAAUCACCCUAUUCUUCAGAACUACAAUGAACGGAAAGAAAGGUAACAUUAUUCAGAUAGACAUUUGCUUGCCGUCAAACUCAACACCACAAUCAGAAAGCAUGAAGAAAUCUACCAAGGAUCAUAAUGGCAAAGCCACGAUACCAAUGAGGAAAUUGAUGAGGGAAGUGUGGGAGUUUGCCAGAGAGGACACAGACAGGGCGACCUUUUCCCUCAAGGUUGGCUUGGCUUGCCUCCUCGUCUCCCUUCUCAUUCUCAUCCAAGCACCUGAUCAAGUCUUCGCCACCAACUUCAUAUUGGAAAAGGUUGGUAUGAAAAAAAAAACAAGUGAGAAAGAGGAGUCCAAUGAAAUCCUACAAGUUGAAGAUUGUGAUGGGACUUGGGUUGAUAAUAAUUAAGUGCAAUCCUAUAUGACAUGAACCAUCAUUAAA